AUAGCCAUAGCGCGGAACUUGGAUGGUGCUUCCCAUGCACUGGGUGCCGUUCUCUUUAUAGCAACUCAUUUAAUCUUCUCAGCAGCACCAGGAAGUGGGUACUGGUUUUGCCACUCAUUUGAAAAAUAACACUAAGACCCAAAGAGGUUAAAUUACUUGUUCCUUGUCCAGGUAAUCCCUUAGCAGGUGAGGGAGCUGGGAUUUGAACCCAGGGUAGACUCGUUCAGAUCUGUGCUCCUACCCAUUAUUUCUCAUAAACACACAGGGUGUGUAAAGUAAUUUUCAUUGUGACUUCAGCUUUGGUUUAGGCCAUGUUCAGGUGCAGUUGACUGUCCAUCUGAGCCCGGCUCCAGCAGGUCUGCAUGUUGUGGGUACCGCCUGCAGCAGAAUUCAGCUGACUGUGGCCCACUGAGUUCAGUGCAUCUUUUGAGCUGGUAGUUGGUUAUGUGGACCUUAAAGAUGUGGCUUGUGUGGCCAGAUGCCUGGAAAUGUGUCCUGGAGGCGGCAGUGCUGCUGGAGGACUGGCAGUGUGGCCCUGGUGUGGGGAAAGAAAGAGGCCUCAGCGUGGUCCCCGAUGAGGAGGUCAUUGAAAUGUACGAGGGCUCCCACGUGCCUUUGGAGCAGAUGAGCGACUUUUAUGGGAAGAGUUCCGGGAACACCAUGAAGCAGUUCAUGGACAUCUUCUCCCUGCCCGAGAUGACCCUGCUGUCCUGUGUGAAUGAGCACUUCCUGAAGAACAGCAUCGACUACGAACCCGUGCACCUGUACAAAGAUGUCAAGGAUUCAAUUCGGGAUGUGCACACCAAAGGAAUCAUGUACAGAGCAAUUGAAGCAGAUAUUGAAAAGUACAUCUGCUACGCUGAGCAGACCCGUGCGGUGUUGGCCAAGCUGGCUGAUCAUGGCAAGAAGAUGUUUCUUAUCACCAACAGCCCCAGUAGCUUUGUGGACAAAGGGAUGAGGUAUAUUGUUGGAAAAGACUGGAGAGACCUGUUUGAUGUGGUCAUCGUUCAGGCUGAGAAGCCAAACUUCUUUAAUGAUAAGCGGAGACCUUUCCGAAAGGUGAAUGAGAAAGGUGUCUUACUCUGGGAUAAAAUCUACAAGCUGCAGAAAGGCCAGAUUUACAAGCAGGGCAAUUUGUAUGAAUUUUUGAAGCUUACUGGAUGGAGGGGCUCCAAAGUGUUGUAUUUUGGUGACCAUAUAUAUAGUGACCUGGCGGACUUGACCCUGAAGCAUGGCUGGCGAACGGGUGCAAUUAUCCCAGAAUUAAGAUCCGAGCUCAAAAUCAUGAACACGGAGCAGUACAUUCAAACUAUGACCUGGCUACAGACCCUGACCGGGUUAUUGGAGCAGAUGCAGGUUCACAGAGAUGCGGAGUCACAGCUGGUUUUGCAGGAGUGGAAGAAGGAGAGGAAGGAGAUGAGGGAAAUGACCAAAGGUUUCUUCAAUGCCCAGUUUGGGAGCUUGUUCCGCACAGACCAGAACCCCACGUACUUCCUGCGGCGCCUGUCGCGGUUUGCUGACAUCUACAUGGCGUCCCUGAGCUGCCUGCUGAACUACGACGUCAGCCACACCUUCUACCCCCGGCGGACCCCCCUGCAGCAUGAGCUGCCCGCCUGGUCCGACCAGCCCCCGGCCGCCCGGCUGCCGCUGCUGCAGGAGGCCCAGGCCAAGUAACUGGCGGCCCCACCACCCCUGGGCACCAAAAGCCAGGACCGGUGAUGGCCCCACGCUGGGCAGACUCUGCGGGGAUGUGAGCAUCGCUUUCGGAAAUGAUACAGAUAGUCUUAGUGACACCUGUUUUGUACAUUACGGAGGAUACCCCCUAGCUCGUGGAGAAGGGAGCUCACAGCUCGCAGAGCCCGCCCUCCUGUGCACGUGGGGAGGGGACAGCGGCUGGCCUCCUGUCGACACCCUGUGAUCAGCCUUCUUGUUUCCCAAGGUACUGUAUCCAGCAUCAGACUUCCUGGGAUGGGGAGUCUUCUUGAUGCCUGCUCUGUAUUCCAGCAGGUGACGUUUUGAAACUCUUCUUAACUUUUCUGUGGAAAGUGCUUGGAAAAUGCUGAACACGCACAGACAGUGCUGGACCAGUGAAGUGGGUCCACCGAUGAGCUGCUGAUGCUUCAGUGGGCGCUUGGAUAGCGACCACGGUGUCGGCGGCAGGGAUGGACCCCAGUCGGCCGCUGGUUCCCAGGCAUCUGGAACUAGGGCUCUGGCGCACUGGUGCCUCACUUGACAGCAGACUCAGCCUCCCUGGAGGUCUUUUUUGAGAAAGAACAGGAGAAGCUGCCAAUCCUUGGCCUUGAUUGUCCUCAGUAUCCAUUUCCUGUGUCUUGCCCCACUCGGAGGAAGGACCGUGGUGCCCCAGGUGGUGGGCGGGUUCACUCUUUCCCCUCCGAAAAGGAGGACAAGGAGAGAAAAGCUUCUGGUUUAAUGUCCUGCCAGCAGAACAGACUGUAGAAUGAGGCUGCUACAUGCGAACGCACGGGAGGAACCAGUGCGUUUGUGGUGGGUAUCCCCGGGCUUUGUAACCCCUGAUGCCACCACCACACGUGUGUUGCUUGAACCUGCUCAUCGGAGGAUGGAAAGUGAAACGAAAAAAAUGUCCUCAUAAUUUAGUGCUGUACGGUGACCCCCCCGACCCCCCAGGUGUUUUGCAAUCUUGUUAAACUGUGUGUUACCAGAAACCAUCCUCGUUGGAGGGCAGUGAGCAGAUGCCUUCUCUCCUGAUUCAUCAGCUGAGGAGAGGGGCGUGAAUCCAGCCGGAGCGAGGGAGGUGGCCCUCUCUGCUCAGCCGUCUCCCGCCUGCUGCCUUUAGACUGCUUUCCUGCCACGCUUACGUGUCUGCUUUGGGGAUUUCUUUAGUGUCUGCGUUUAAGGUGGGAGAGGAUCAAGGACAUUGAGGCUGAGAGAAACAGUUGGAAAUAGCCUCACUGAGUGAGUGUUCCCAUUUCUUUCUGAGGACAGGGCAAGUGACACCUAUCCUUAAGCCUGAAGGAUGCAGGUGGCGGAGGAAAGGGGCUUGAGGAGAGACUGCUCGCUUAUUUGGCGUUUUUAAUGGGUUUGUGUGGAGCCAGCUGUUGGGGAGAUGUGAGCUUGGCCUGCCACAGGCUGCCUGCACGCGUGCAGAAAUUAGGUGACUUCUAUAGCAUGUUGUAUAACGUUGCGUGUUUUAAUGGGACUGUUGUUGUUUAGUUGACUCUUGGCGACCCCAUGAACUGUAGCCCGCCAGGCUCCUCUGUCCAUGGGAUUUCCCA